AUGUACCGGUCCACGAAAGGAGCCUCCAAGGCACGGCGGGAUCAAAUCAAUGCGGAGAUUAGACAUCUGAAGGACCUGUUGCCCAUUGCUGAAGGAGAUAAACUUCGGCUCUCUUAUCUCCAUAUCAUGUCGCUGGCUUGCAUCUACACUCGGAAAUCCAUCUUCUUCUCCAAAGGUGCACCUUUGGAAGGCUUGGAGAGCUUGCUGUCUUCCCAGGACUUAGACGAUUUCAUGCAGGCGCUUCCUGGUUUCCUUUUGGCGUUCACUGGAGAAGGCAAACUCAUCUAUGUGUCGGAGACUGUGGCUGAGCACUUGGGGCAUUCUAUGGUGGAUUUAGUGGCCCAAGGAGACAGCAUCUACGACAUAAUUGACCCAGCAGAUCAUUUUGUGAUGAAGAAUCAGUUGGCGUUGCCUUCUCCAUUAAAUACCGAACGUCUCUUCCGUUGUCACUUCAACACUUCCAAAACAAUCCGGCGUCAAAGUGCAGGAAAUAAGCUGGUUCUGAUUCGCGGCCACUUCCACCAACCUCCUCCGGGGUCUUAUUGGUCCACCAAUCCUGUCUUCACAGCCUUUUGCACUCCUCUCGAUCCUAAGCCCAGAAUGGGUCAAAAUGCGUUCUUCCUCUCGGCUUUUGAGAGUCGCCAUACGAAAGACUUGGCCAUCGUGGAUAUCUCUGAAAGUGUGAUCUUCCAUCUGGGCUUUGAGAAGAGCGAACUCUUCUGCAAAUCGUGGUACGGCCUGAUCCACCCUGAAGAUCUCAGCCAUGCUUCGGCCCAGCAUUACCGACUGUUGGGUGAUCAAAGCAACACACAAGCUGAAAUGGUGAUCAGGCUCCAAGCAAAAGACGGCGUAAGCUGGAUCUGGGUCUACUCGUUGCUUCGCUUGGAGGGCACGGAGAUCCCCAUCGUUGCUCACAACUACGUCAUCAGCGAUUCCGAAGCUUGGUGCCUGAAGCAGCAACUGUCUGCCGAAGGAUCCCAAGGGACGUACACCCUGGAAAGCACCACCACUUUCCUGGAGAGUCUCCUGUCUCCUGGACAGCUCUCCAGCCCCGAUCAAGUCUUCACGCCCGCGGCCGGCACCCCCACCAGCACUCUUGCGGCCCCGACGUUCGAUUUCAGCUCCGCCGGGGCCCCCGAAGGUCCCUCGGCCUUUGGCGAGCCUGCCGAAGGCCUGCCGGAAGGGAUGGUGGAACCUGGGAAUAUCUCCUCCAUAGAGGACGCCCCGCCAGGUUCCACCCUCAGCCUCCUUGUCAAAGAGCCGGCCUUCGGCUACCUCCUCCUCCCGCAAGGAAGUUACGGAGCGAUGUUUGCAAGUGAGGCGCCCAGCGGCAAACCUGCCUCCAAAGAUGUGGUCUGCACCCCUCCUUACACCCCGCACCAGAGCUCGCCUUUCCUCUUUGGAACUCAAGAGCUUUACGGAGCCCACGGCGGGAGCAGCCCUACGGCCGGGCCUCCCGGGACAGCUUCCGGCAUCGACUCGCCUGCCGGUCUCACCGCCGUGAACGCCUCCGAGCUGUUCUUCACCCAAGAACCAUGCCAUAUUCUCUAUGAGAAACUCCCCCCGACUCCGGACAGCCCCGGUAAUGGGGGCUGCACCGUCAUGAGCUUGCCGGAGAUCAGAGGUCCCCUCUACGUUGAUGUGCCUAUGGUACCCGAGGGGAUGCUGACUCCGGAGGCCUCGCCCAUCAAGCAGAUGUUCUUCAGAUAUUCUGAGAAGGAGAAGAACGAAAUCGAGCAGUUGGCUCAGCAGCUCUGUAGCCUGGCAGAGACUUUUGGCUCCCCGGCGUCCCGGGAAGUCGCCGAGAACGGCCAGGGGUCUCUCCAAGAGGACCUGCCGGGCCCCGGCCCCGAACUCUCUCCCGUGCCCGAACCUUGCCCGGAUUUCCAACUGCCCAAAACCUGGAGGAGCGUGGAUUUCUCCGUCUUGACCUGCCUGGAGGACGACCUCCUGGAAGAGACGGCUCUGGAGACCCUCCUCCAAGACCUGUCUUCCUUUCUGUUCGAGAAAGGGGGGGCAGGGAUGAGGUGCCCUCACCACCAGUUCUGCGGUGGCGACGUCAGUAGUCCAGUCGGCUUGGACACCGAAGAUAGUAGCCCAGGAGUCUUGGCUCCCUCGCCAAGGAUGGACUUAGCUCCAGAAGAGCCAUGUUUUUUGGAAGAGCUGGCCUCCUUCGACACAGCCUUUGAGACACGUGCCUCAAACUCUCCCUACGAGGGGUUAGAUGAGUUGUAUCAACUCCCGAGCCAAAGGCCCCAAGGCUUCCAGGAAGAUCCAGCCGUGGUUUGA